AUGAGCUCUGCCGGAGGUGAGACGCCCACUUCUGUGAGCGGAGAACAGAUCGGCUCGCCGGUGGAGGAGGGCCGCGAUGCAGAGCUUGCAAGUUUGCAACGGCAGAUUUCGCAAUUGGCGGCCCUGGUGGAGGAGUCGGUGAAGAAGAAGGAGGUUGGCAGCGUCGUGGCGGAUGCAGCCAGUAGUGGCGGCUGGGUUGCCGCCACGGAACGCCAACAAGAGCCCACGCUGCCGCUCGGCGGUGGCGGGGGAUUUCUCCAGCAGCAAGCGAGAGAUGGUGGGCAAGGACCACGGCAGCUUCUGGAAGGCGGCUGGGCCAGCAGAUCGGGAGCGAAUCCUGCGAGACCAGCCGGAGUGGGCCCGGGCAUAGGACCGGACUACGGGGAAGCGAGGGGGUCAAGCCCCCCAGGUGAGAUACCCNCACUCUAGAGUGUGCCCCUCGAGGGAAGCCACAUCGGGAUGAGCUCUGCCGGAGGUGAGACGCCCACUUCUGUGAGCGGAGAACAGAUCGGCUCGCCGGUGGAGGAGGGCCGCGAUGCAGAGCUUGCAAGUUUGCAACGGCAGAUUUCGCAAUUGGCGGCCCUGGUGGAGGAGUCGGUGAAGAAGAAGGAGGUUGGCAGCGUCGUGGCGGAUGCAGCCAGUAGGGGUGGCUGGGUUGCUGCCCCCAGAGGCCAACGAGAAGAGCCCACGCUGCCGCUCGGCGGUGGCGGGGGAUUUCUCCAGCAGCAAGCGAGAGAUAGUGGGCAAGGACCACGGUCGCUGCUGGAAGGCGGCUGGGCCAGCAGAUCGGGAGCGAACCCUGUUGGACCAGCCGGAGUGGGCCCGGGCAUAGGACCGGACUACGGGGAAGCGAGGGGGUUAAACCCCCCAGGUGAGAUACCCGUGAUUCGAGGAAAUGGAGAAUACCUCGACGGCUACAGCAGUAGCCACAUGAAGAGGGUAACGGUCAAUGCUCCGCUCCUAGACGGAAAAAGCCGUAGCCACGGAUUUGAUUCGUGGCGAAAAUCGUUCAUCCAAGCUGCGAAGGCCAUCGACUUGUACGGGCAGUUUAUUGGAGAUGCAGAGAGCAGUAUCCCCGUAGGCGACCCAGACUUGCCGACUUCCGAACUGCUCCGUAGGGGGCACACGAGAGCAGUAGUCCAACGAGGGCUUCGGGCGUUCCAUUUUAUCACUACUGCUGUGGUAAAAGAAGCUGACAAAGCAAUCAUCAGUAAUGUACGUCAGCGAAAGAGGUCCUCGCGAAA